CCACGUGUCAUGACAACAUAGCGGCGGCCUCGCUUUUCGGCAGUGUCGAGAGCAGUUUCCGGCCGGGGUGUGUGAACGGGACGGUCUUAGCGGGAAAUUCUCUCGGAUUCGGAGCGUUGUUGUCGGGGCUGCUGUGUGAGCGGAGCGGGGCAGAGCCAAGAUGAGCGCGCUCGGCGGGGAGGAGAUCAUCCGGAUCGCUAAGAAGAUGGAGCGGAUGGUGCAGAAGAAAAACACGGCUGGAGCUUUAGAUUUACUUAAGGAACUUAAAAACCUUCCAAUGACUUUGGAGCUCCUUCAGUCUACCCGAAUUGGAAUGUCUGUGAACGCCAUCCGCAAACAAAGCUCCGACGAGGAUGUCACCUCUCUGGCCAAAUCGCUCAUCAAAUCCUGGAAAAAACUGCUCGAUGGCCCGUCAGCUGAAAAAGAUACAGAGGAAAAGAAGAAAGAGCAGCCCCCGCCUGCACAGAACAGUCCUGAAGCAAAGGAAGAGAGCAGCAGCUCCAGCAGUACUUGCAGUGGACGGAAAGAAGAUUGUAUUGCCCCGUCUGACACAUUAAUUACAUCUUUUCCGCGAGCUCCCAGCACCUCGGAUUCUGUCCGAAUCAAGUGUAGAGAGCUACUUGCUACAGCUCUGAAAACAGGAGAUGACUACAUAACUAUUGGAGCGGAUGAUGAAGAACUUGGAGCUCAGAUUGAGGAAGCAGCUUUCCAAGAAUUUAAAAACACAGAUGCAAAAUAUAAGAACAGGGUGCGAAGUAGAAUUGCCAACUUGAAGGAUGCGAAAAAUCCCAACUUGAGGCGAAACGUGCUUUGUGGCAACAUCGCUCCAGAGGUGUUUGCUCGGAUGUCAGCAGAGGAAAUGGCAAGCGAUGAACUUAAAGAAAUGAGAAAGAACCUGACAAAGGAGGCCAUCAGAGAACAUCAGAUGGCCAAGACUGGCGGUACAGAGACUGACCUGUUCUCCUGUGGUAAAUGCAAAAAGAAGAAUUGUACUUACACGCAGGUACAAACCCGCAGCGCUGAUGAACCUAUGACAACAUUCGUGUUAUGUAAUAAUUGUGGAAAUCGGUGGAAGUUUUGCUAAGAGAAAUUCUGUUCUGACACCAAAACAAAGAAGAGGCUGUUUUGUAAUUGGGAAGAUGAGAAUUCUUCCAGAUUUUUUUUUUUAAUUGAAGCUGGAUUCAACUUGUGGGAUCUUUUGGAAUUUUAAGACCGUAACAAAGCCGCAGUUUUAUGGUGCACGUUUGGAGAAAAGAAAUCUUUUUUAUAACAGAGUUCACAUUUCUAAAUCCGUUUGAAUCUAGAUCACGUCCCGAUUGUAUUGUGCGCUUGAUAGUCUUGCACUCUUGCAGUCGCCUGAGCUGUUCUGAGCAUGUACAUAGUUUGCAAUUGUUGGGGGAAAGAUAUCAAAUAUUCCUCCAAAAAAUUAAAUGUUAGAAACGCUCUAAUCAUGUGAUCAGAAAUGUUAAGAGGCGCCAAAUUAAAUUAUUUUGUUAACUCCUGGUUAGAUUUACCUUCAUUCCCGUUAAAAUUGUUGUGCUUACUUUUUGUUUUAUAUAGCUUUUCAUUAAAACUGAGAAUGUUUGUAA